AGAGAAAAUAAAGUACUUGUGUUGAUCGACGUAGAUGGCGCUAUGUCUAAAUUAGUGCAUUACUCUCUAUUGAGGGACGAAAGUAAUGUUCUCGUUUCGCCAAAAACAACACUCAUGAGUAAUGUCCAUAAGUACAGAGAUCAGCAAUCAUAAAGGACGUCCUUACCUCCUUCCUGGUGAUAAAAAGAUAGGAAAAUUGAUAGAUGGACUCCUGUCUAUCUUGAACAGACAGAAAAAUUGAAAAUUGAUAACAAAAAUUCGCACGACUUUAUCCUCAACAUGGUUAUAAGAGGGCCGGCGCACCGUGGCGUUUUAUCCGACAAUCUUCUUGCUUCUACGGUAAAAUCUUUGCAUCUCAGCCAAUCAAAAACAGGAACGUUGCCAGGCGAAAAGAUGAUUAAACGCUCUUCAAGAGAAUAUACGUGCAGAUCUUAAAUCUACAAGAUUAGCUGUUCCGAUAAAGGAUCUGAUUUUAUAACCAAGGACAGUUCCCCAGUCGCUCGUAAAGUUAUGCUUAACAGUAACGAACGGCUUGAUUUUAUCUCUAUUGCAGAUAGUGUAGGUUUACACCGAAGAUUAUGAUACCGAACCAAUAGUUCCACCCCCAAAAUCUUAAAACUAGGUCGUGUAAUACAAGACUUAUAGAUUGAUCUUAAUAUUUUACAAUAUAAUUGAUUGCGUGUAGUAACCUAUGCAAUCAAUCAUAAAAAAAACAAUCAACCCGACAAUCAUUUGACAGCUCUUUGUAACACUAGCCCUGAUCUCUAACUGUCAACGUUCCUUGCAUUUGAGAAUGGGGUCUAUUUUACAAUUUUCAGCAUUUCUACAUGUUACAAUUACUCUAUUCUCGUGUGUCUCUGGUCAAGCUGUUGGUAACCCAGUAAUCACUCUUAAUGGAGGGGGUAAGUUAGAAGGGAUCACCAUACCAUACAGUGAAUCACAAUUUUUAAACUUGAGUAAAUCGAUCGAUGCUUUCCUUGGGGUGCCGUUCGCUCACCCUCCUGUCGGAGAUCGCCGGUUCGCCAAUCCGGUACCAAUCGACAUCCAGGGCACCUAUAAUGCGACUUAUAGCAGGGCAGAGUGUCCUCAACUAACUCCUUUGACUGAUCUACCUGGAAUUGAGAUAGGUCGAGAAGUUAAUGAAGAUUGCCUCUAUUUGAGCAUCUACACACCAUCCCCGAAGCCAACAUCCUUGGCUCCUGUGUUUGUAUGGAUACAUGGAGGUGGCUACAUGAUCGGGGGUGGAUCUGAACUUAUUUAUCAGCCUCUACCUAUGGUCGCACUCUCAAAUAUUAUCGUUGUCAAUGUCAAUUAUAGACUGGGAGCAUUCGGCUAUUUUACAUCAGGUGAUGAUGUGGCUAAAGGGAAUUAUGGGAUGUUGGAUCAGGUUAUGGCUCUUCAGUGGGUUCAAGAUAACAUAGAAGCUUUCGGUGGAGACCCCAGGAGGGUAACGAUAGGAGGAGAAAGUGCUGGUGGAUCUAGCGUCAACCUACUGUCCUUAUCAACUCUUACUGAUGACCUUUUCCAACAGACAAUAAUGCAGAGUGGCAACGCACUUUGCCCUUGGUCUUGGACGACAAAUGAACAUGGAGCAAGAGCAGGUCGAGAACUCGCCAUGUCUCUAGGGUGUCCGACUGAGGACAGUUCAACAAUGGUUGCUUGCUUGAGAGAAGUACCUCAACGAAACCUUACCGAUGCUAUGGUUACCAUCUCAUCAGCGCUUUCUUCGCCUGUAGUCGAUGGUUACUUUCUAUUGGACACUCCCUUGGAGUUGAUCAACCGUCGUCAAUUUAAGGUACAACCAACCCUGAUGGGUACAAACGAGGAUGAGGGUGCAGGUGGCGCCUUGAGUCUGUUUCCCGGCACAGCUCGUUCAGAAACGCCCCCUCUCAUGAACAUCUCAUUCUUUAGAAGCCUUAUACAAUCUCAGACGUACAACGACGCAACCGACAUUGAAGUUGCUGCCAUUGAGAACGAGUACGUUGAUUGGUCCGUGGCCGAUGAUCCAAACGGAAAUCAAAUCGAUGGGUUCAUACGACUAAGUACCGAUAUUGACUUUGCCUGUCCAACGGAGUAUUUGGCCCGAGCUUUAGAAUCAUCCGGGGCUGAUGUUUAUCGAUACGAGAUGACACACGACCCAUCAUGGUCGAUAUAUGCAGGUAUUCCAAAGUGGUUGGGGGCAGCACACGCAGAGGAUCUUCAAUACGUCUUCACAUGGGGUUUGAAUCCUGCACCUAUCGCCCAAAUCGUUGGUCAAUCAGACGAAGAAAAGGCAUUGUCCGUUCAAUUUGUUCGUUACUGGGCAAACUUUGUGAUAUCAGGGAACCCUAAUGGACCAUUAGACACUGGAGACUACCCAGAAUGGCCAAGGUAUACGAUGCCUGGUCAAGAAUACAAGAAGUUAUCUUUGGAUAUGGCAAAUGACCGUGCGAUGAGAGCAUCGCAGUGUUCGCUAUGGAGGAACUUUCUUCCAGGUCUCAGAAUCCAAGCAGAUCCUGUUGAUGAUAUCUACGAAGAUUGGCAGGACCAGUUUGAAAGAUGGAAGACUACUGAUCUACCAUCCUGGACGAUUGAGUUUGAAAAUUAUAAACAAAGUAAUUCUUGCAACACAGAAGUGCCAUAAAAUAUCGUCCAUAAACUAUUUGAUGAAACCAACAAUAAAAUACUAGUAAAUGAAAUUCAGAUUCGGUUAUUGCUUUCAUUUGUAAUACAUUUUCAUGUUAUUUUUUGUAAACAUUUAGAUAAUCAGCAUCUAUUUAGGUCAGCACUGAGGCAAUCGUCGUUAUGUUUAAAUAAUUAUUAUUGUAGUAAUUAUGUACAUUGAAAUAUAAUUCUGAUUUUCAGAGAGAAGAUAGGCAGUGAUGACUCUUCUGUUCAUAAUUCAAAAUUAUUUGUGAUAGUUCUCAUUAUGAUCAGUACUUAACUUCGACUUUCGUGAUUCAAUCAACACUUUGUCAUUUGAUUUUUAACCCUGAAUUCAAAAUGAAUGUUUCUUUCAGUGCGUAUUUUGGAUGGUCCUAUCAUUCAUCAUUCUCCUCAGAUUUUCUUCCAAAGCGCCCUCAUUUAAUUGAAAUGGUGAAAAGCCAUGUCGUGCUAAAAGCCCCCUCACACCUAAUCGAAUGUAGGUGGACGAAGAGAAAAUGCACGAAAUGCACGCGAAUUCAAAUAAAAUUUCCGUCAAAUCAUGCGAUCAGUAACUAUUGUAAAUUUUAUCAACGAAUGGUAAGCGAAAGAUAAAUAUGACAUGCGAAGGAUAUCGAUUUUUCGGUUCACCUCUUUUAGUAAAUUGCAGCCGGAGGCGAGCGAAGGGUUGCUUUAACCCCAAAAGAGAACGAACAGUGAGCAAUGGUUUGAUAUGGCGUGCGAUUAGAAACGAAGACGAGGGAAUAGAUCGGGCGUUCUUGUACGUUUGUGUGCACUCCUCGGGGUGUAAAAAGCGACCAGGUCCAACCGGAUUUCAGUACGGCCAGAGAAGUCAUCCACGUAACAUGCCAUAUUAUUCGUCUUCUCACUCGCUCGCAUUUGCAAUCCAUAGUUUGUCUUAGUAUAAUUU